AUGUCUGACGCAAAACCAGUAAGCACUCCCAUUGACAAAGGUGUAAAAAUGGUAAAGGCCACGUCACCAAACAGCCAGGAAGAGAUAGAGGAAAUGAAAGAGAUUCGUUAUCAGAAUGCCAUUGGUAGCUUAAUGUACGCAAGUAUUGGGACUCGUCCUGACAUCACACAUGCAGUAAGUCGAGCAAGUCUGCUUGCAAUCAAUCCUGGGGGGCAACACUGGAUUGCAGUUAAAAGAAUUUCAAGAUACCUUAAAGGUACAAGUUCACUAAAGUUGGGAUUUACAAAGUCCAAAGAUUCCAGCUUAAAAGUUUUCUGUGAUGCCGACGGGGGGUCAGAUGAGGACGACCGUCGUUCCUACACAGGGUAUCUAUUUGUAUUGGCAGGUGCAGCCGUCAGCUGGGCGAGCAGGAAGCAAUCCACAGUUGCCCUUUCUACUGCAGAAGCGGAGUAUAUGGCACUUACAGAAACAUCAAAGGAAGCACUAUGGAUAAAAGAGACUGUGAAUUAA